GCUAACACAUCGCACAGGUAUUUAAUUCUCAGGAAUAGACGGAAGGUCGAAAUAACGGGGAGGCCAUGUUGGACUUUAAGUGAACUGCUUGUGUGACCCCGACAUCAGAAAUGCAUCCCCGGCGCAGUGGUCAGGUCCUACAAUGUGACUGCUGCGAAAAUGUUCCCCCUCAGAGUCAUUGUGAACUUUGUAAUAUAAAUCUUUGUGUUAAUUGUGUAGAAAAACACCUUUCAGAUUCGUCUAAAACACACAAUGUUGUGCCCCUUUUACACAGAAAAACUCCAACAAACUAUCCGAAAUGUCCAGACCACGCCGAUGAACUCUGUAAAAAUUACUGUGAGAAAUGUGACAUUCCUGUCUGUUCUACCUGCGUCUCCUCAAGUAAACAUGAAGGUCACGAUAUAUCAGAUAUUCUGGAAAAACUCAGCGCUAAAACAAAAAGUUUACAAAAAGAUUUGGAAGAACUACAGACCAGAAUUUUUCCGCGAUAUGAAGAAAUGGCAUCCGAUGUACAAACUGAGAAAGCCGAAUUAGAAAGGAAUUACGGGAAACUCACCACAGCUGCCGAUCAACAAGAAGAAAUCUUACACCGGGAGAUCACCGCCAUUGUCAACCAGCGGAAAUCCUACAUUCAGGAAAUGAAAAACAAACACCUAUCUAUCCUGAAUAAAACUACAAUAGAAAUUACACAGAAAAUUAUUGAACUCAAACACAUUAUUUCCAACUUGAAAUCAACACUAAAAUCAAAUGACGUCUCCUUAACAUCUGCUUAUGAAUCUAGAAAUUCCGACUUUAGAACACUACCGCUUAAAGUGCGAGUUACAGUACCAAGUUUUUCUCCUCAGAAAAUAGACAGCGAUCAGCUCAAUGAAAUGCUUGGUUCUCUGUCGCCAUUAUCCAUUAACACAGAAGAUGGCGACACAAUGAAGUCAGCAGAAGCUGUAUCGUCUCCUUCAGUCAAACCGCUGAUUGAUGAACCGCGCGUCUCCGCCACCAUAGACACUGGGUAUAUGCAACUAUUCAGUGUUGCCUGCCUCAGUGAAGAUCAAGUCUGGACACGCGGGGAGAACGAAAUCAUGAAGCUCCUCAACCUCCAGAGUGAACUACUGACAUCAAUACAAACCGAGUCAUGGAACGCACCACGGGAUAUAGCAGUGACACGGGACGGAUAUCUCGUUUAUACUGCCUUUGUUGAUAGAACUGUAAAGGUAGUGAAAAAUAAACAGAUACAGACCGUGAUCACACUACAGGGGUGGAGACCUCUUUACGUCUGCAGUACCGCGUCUGAUGAUCUCCUGGUUACCAUGAUCAGUGAUGAUAGACAACAAUCCAAAGUUCUGCGUUACUCCGGCUCCACAGCGACACAAACCAUUCAGUUUGAUGACCAGAGUCGUCCUCUCUAUUCAUCUGGUUAUAAAGAAAAAUACAUCAUUGAGAACAGGAACCUAGAUAUAUGUGUAGCUGACCGGUCAGCUGGUGCAGUAGUGGUGGUCAAUCAGUCAGGAAAACUCCGAUUUAGAUACACUGGUCAUCCCUCUAAUACCGAGGAAUCAUUUACUCCUGUCGGCAUCACUACAGACAGUCAGGGUCACAUUCUGAUAGCAGGCUAUAUAAAAAACCGCAUCCACAUCCUAGAUCAGGACGGACAGUUCCUCCGUUACAUUCACAAUUUAGAACGUCCUCGUGGUUUAUGUGUGGACAUCAGAGACAACCUCUUUGUAGCUGAGUACGACACUGUGAAAGUAAAGAAAAUCCAAUAUCUAUCAACACAGUGUUAAUUACACAUCUCUACACAGUGUUAAUUACACAUUUAAACACGGCCUUGUAUUCAUUACAGCCUCGUGUUUGUGAUAUAUAGUUUGUGCUUAACUGAUCGAACGUUAGUCUCUGACUUAGAUACGUUACACUUAGAUGGUUUCGAUGUUCAUAUGAGAAAUAGAUAUAAGUGUAAUAAAAAUGUUCUGGGGGAAUAACACUAGCGUAAAAAAACAAAGAACUUUGUAAAUACAUAUUUACACACAAAACAGAUCACGAAUUUGUGCUUUGGUUUGAAAUAUCAAAAUUAAUCACUAAUACUGAUACAAAUAUUAUCGUUAGUAAUGUGUAUAUUCCUCCAGAAAACUCCAAAUAUAGAAACAAA